AUGGCUCCAAUGGCUGUGGAUGUCUACCCGGUUAGCCGCAUGCAAGAAAUGAAGGCGAAGGCUCAAGAGGUUGUUGCUCAAUCGAUUGCAACUGCUCCAGCCAAGUUGAUCAAGACUCCUAUGCAACUCGCUGGUGCUCUUGACAAAUUUGAGUCUUUCGAUGUCACUCCAGUCAUUGGAAAGGAGUUCCCAACUGCCAACCUUGCUGAGUGGCUCAAGGCUCCUAAUGCUGAUGAGCUCAUUCGCGAUCUAGCCAUCACUGUCUCCCAACGUGGUGUCGUUUUCUUCCGUGGUCAAAAGGAUCUCGACAAUGACCUCCAAAAGGAACUAUGCCAAAAGCUUGGUCUUUUGACUGGCAAGCCUGCUGAGUCCACCAUGCACAUCCACCCAAUCUCCAACAAGUCAUUCCAAUGCAACAAGGAUGAUGAGAUCUCCGUUAUCAGCAACGAUCUUGCAACCAAGAUUUUCUGUGACCGCAAGGCAGAGCAACACAAGAAGAAGCAAUCUCUCAAGAAGGGAUGGCACUCUGACAUCACCUUUGAGCCUGUCCCAUCUGACUAUGCUAUCUUGAAGCUCACCGAUCUCCCAACACUCGGUGGUGACACUCUCUGGGCAUCCGGAUACGAAGUUUAUGACCGUUUCUCCCCAGCUUACCAAAAGUUCCUUGAUGGUCUCACCGCCACCUACGCCCAACCUCUGUUCACUGAGGCUGCCAAAAACCAAAAGUUCAAGCUCUACACUGAUCCUCGCGGCAACCCUCUCAACAUUGGUGAUGAGCUCUCCACCGAGCACCCAGUCAUCCGCACCAACCCAGUCACUGGCUGGAAGACCGUCUUUGCCGUCGGCCACCACGUUCAACACAUCAAUGGUCUCACCGAGCGCGAGUCUGACCACCUUCUUAACGAGUUCCUCCGCAUGGUCACUGAGAACCACGACCUCCAAUGCCGCUUCAAGUGGAACAACCAGAAUGAUCUCGCAAUCUGGGACAACCGCUCCACCUUCCACGCCGCCACCUACGACUACGACAACAACGGUCUCCGCACCGGUCAACGCUGCGUCGGUAUCGGAGAGCGCCCAUACUUCGACCCAGCUUCCAAGUCCAAGCGCGAGGCUGAGGGCGAGGAAUACAUGGAGCCUGGAAUCGGCUUCACUGUAUUCUAA